AUGGAAAGUAGAGAAAAGUUUUUAAAUAACUUUUAUAAUAUUUGUCAGAAAUUUUCUGACAAUAUUAGUAUAUGUUGGGUUUCAAAAUGUAGCGAAACUUUUGGUAUAACAUAUGGAGAAUUAAAUAAAGUUUCUAAUGAAUUGAAAUGUUUAUUUUCAAGAUUAUUUGAUGAAAAUAUCUCUCGGUAUGUAGGAAUUCAAAUAACUGAUUAUUCUGUUCUUCCAAUUUUAUUUCUUGCCUUAUGGAAAAAUAACUUAUCCGUUGCUGGUUUGGGGCCUCAAUAUUCAUUAGAAGACAAUGUAAAAUUUUUAGAUUUACUAUUUGUCAAAUUUAUAAUUUCAAAUAAUGAAUGCAGUGAUUAUAACCUUAAGAUAGCUAACUGCUUUUAUAUUAAUAAUCAAAAGUAUUUUUUGUAUGAAAGAAAUGUUGUUCAUAAGGAAAAGUUUACCAAUAAUUGGGAUAUGUGUUAUGGAAUUAUGACAACUGGUACAACAGGUACUUUAAAAGUAAUUCAAGUACCUUGGUCAUGUAUAUUACCUAAUGCUGAAGAAUUAAGUGAUGAAUUUUGUAUCAGUGAAUUGGAUUGCAUAUUUCAAGCAUCUCCUUUCACUUUUGAUCCAUAUUAUAUUGAAUUAUUUUUUUGCCUUUUAAGAGGUUGUACAUUAUUAAUUGUAUCAGACUCUUUAAAAUUGUGCUCAUCAAAUUUGCUCAAGAUAUUAUUUAACAGUCAAGAAAAUGAAUGUUUAAAUGAAAUUCAAUCUAACCCAUGUAAACAAUGUAAAGAUUGUAUUCAUGUUAAUAUUAAGUUAAUUGUAAGAAAACAAGUCACCGUAUUACAAAUUACCCCUUCUUUAUUUAAAAGAUGGACUAAUGAUGGCAUAAAACAAGUUAUUUUAUCACAUCAAUCAUCCUUAAGGAUUUUAAUGUUUGGAGGUGAAAAAUUUCCUAAAGAAAUAUUAAAUUUAAAACCUCCUGACAAUAAAACCAAAAUUUACAAUUUGUAUGGAAUAACAGAAAUUUCCUGUUGGUCAUUCAUGUAUGAAAUACCAUUUAAUUCAUCUUGCGAAGAAGUACCUUUGGGUAGUGAGCUAAAUAAUAUUGUUUAUAAGUUGAAUGAUAAAAAUGAGUUAUUGAUUGGAAGCAAUAAGAGAAUUUGUUUGAUUGAUGAUGAAACUUCUUUAAAUUCUCAAGAAUUAGUUUUUCGAAACACAGGGGAUAUUGUUAAAUUUGAAAAUGAAAAAUUAUUUUUCAUAUGCAGAAGUUAUGAAAUUGUUAAAAAAUAUGGGAUUAAAGUUAAUUUGAAAAAAAUUGAAGAGUGUUUUUUAAAUGAAAAUGAUUCGAUUAAAAGUUGUCAUUGUGUUUUCAAUGAAAAAAUAAACAAAUUAGGAUUAUUUUACUCUGGGAAAAAUAAUAGUAAAAUGAAAUUAACAUCCUAUGAGAAUUUUAUCGAAAAUGGUUACAAUUAUCCAGUAAAUAAAUUACAAGACAUUGAAAAACCAGAUUAUUUAAUUGAAAUAUCCCAAGUUCCACUUAACACUCAUGGAAAAUGUGACAAAACUAAACUUUUGAGUUAUUUAGAAGAAUUAUUAGUUUUAAGAAAUACAAAUUUGAAUGUAAAAAAUGUUUUUAAAAAUGCAUGGAAUGAUGUUUUAAGAGCAAAUAUUCCCAAUUUGAAUUCAGAAAGUUUUACAUCACUCGGAGGGAAUUCCGUAUUAGCUUUGCAAUUGAUUGGAAAACUGGAAGAUGCUGGAUUAAAUGUACCACAAGAUUUAAUUUUACAAAUUUUAAAUGGAAAUAGUUUUGAAGACUGUUACAAAAGUUUUAUUUAUAACACUGCAGAAGGGCCUUUAAAGAAGAAAAAAAAGUUUAUCGAAGAUGAUGAUGGUAGUGAAGAUAAUUUUAAUUUAAGAAUAAAAUGGAAGCAUGAUCUUGGUAAAUGCAUCGAUGCAACACCAACAGUCUUUAAUUAUUUAGGAGAGGAAAGAGUCAUUGUUGGAUCUCAUUCUUUUAAAAUUUCCUGCUUACUAAUUACCUCUGGUGAUGUGUUAUGGACCAAAACUCUUGGCGGUCGAAUAGAAUCAGGGGUAGCCAUUACCAAAGAUGGAACCUUAGGAUUUGUGGGAUGUUAUGAUAAUUUUGUUUAUUGCAUAUCAAUGAUUGAUGGAUCUACAAAAUGGCAAUUUAAAACGGAUGAUAUGAUCAAAUCGACACCUUGCUUGGAUUCUAAAGAAAAAGUUUUAUUUGUCGCAUCCUAUGACAGACAUUUGCACAUUUUGGAUGUGGAAAGUGGAGUAUUACAAAAGAAAAUAAAGUUAAGCGAAAAAGGAAUAUUCAGUUCUGGAUGCAUUAGUAAAGUUUACAAUACUUUUCACAUAGCAACACUCGAUGGAACUUGUGUGUCUCUGUCUCAGAUAACUUUUGAAAUUGAUUGGAAAAUAAAAUUGAAAAGCCCAAUAUUUGCAUCACCAUGUUUAAUAAAUGAUGAUAAAGAAAUUAUUUUCACUGAAGUUUUUGGAACAUUGCAUUGCUUUGAUAUUUUCAAGGGUACAAAUUUGUGGAAUUACACAGCUGGCGGUUACAUAUACUCCACGCCGACAUUUUAUUUUCUAAAAGACAUGAAAUCAAUUGUAUUUGGUUGCAACGAUUCCAACGUAUAUUGUUUACGUGUGGAUAAGGAAAUUGAUUUAUUAUGGAAGCGAAAAUUAGAUUCAUCAAUAUUUUCUCGUUCUUCUGCUUUUCAUUUGGGCGAGGUGAACGCAGCUUGCGUGGCUUCAACAAAAGGAAUCGUUUAUAUUUUAAAUUUACUCUCAGGAAAUGUUUUUACCCGCAUAAAAUUAAAUGGCGAAGUAUUUUCUUCGCCAAUUUUUAUCAAUAAUGAAUUUGUUGUCGGCUGUAGAGACAAUUAUCUUUACACGUUUUUUUUUAUAAACAUCAACAAUGGUGUAAAAAUGGAUGUCGAAGUUCCUCCUAGGCUGGCUAUUUGA